CUGUCUGGUCUGCACUGCCGAACGGAAGUGUCCUAGUAGUGUCCUGUGCAGUGUUUAUACUCGUAUAGCCCGCUGUGAUUUUCCUCCUGUGAUUGUCUCCUUCAGCAAGUCUUUACGAAACUCAAAGAUUAGUAGACAGAUGGGGCACGUAGAUAGGACCAGCCUAAAGAAGGCGUGCCUCGAAUUGAACGAGGCGCGCAUUCGAGAGUUGAUAGCGGAAGGCGCCAACGUCAACGGCAGUGGGCACUUGGCGUCGUUAGUAAUCGUUUCAUUAACGAUCAUCCAACGUAGAAAUGAGCCUGGCAUCGCAAGAACUGCGAGACGGCUGUUGAGAUUGUUGCUCGAUUCUGGCGCUGACCUGAAUCGCACCUGUAGCAGUCCUCAGGAGGAGGGAAAUCCGACGAUAUUCCAAACGAUCGUCUGCUACAAUCUGCCUUACCCUGACGCAGCCGUCAAUCUACCACGUAUAGUACUCCAGCAUGUGGCCUUUAUCGAGGCAACAACCGAAAGGCAGAUAUUCAACGAGGUCAACAGCGCGUACAUCCAGGCAAACGCGGAGCUCUUCACAUUUUACACGUUAUGUAAAGCCGAGUUGACGGUUAUGGGCAGCAGUAGAGUCUUCGAAAGGUUGGUCCACAGCGUCACCUACUUGGAACUUUUGACGCAGACAGUGAGAGUGGUCUCGCGUUACACGAGGAGCGAGGAAUUUCGCAACAUUUUCUUGGCCACGUAUCACAUUCGUUUUCCCGUUUACGCAUCGCAAUUGAGAGAGAAGUACGACGAGGCUGAUACCAGACGACAGAGGAUGGAUCGGUUCACUGCUGUGAUGAGUAGUGCGAUGAACUUUGACGACAACGACUUUCACGACGUAUUGUAUGACAGUUUUAGCGAGGAGGAGAUUAACAAUUUUAUUGGGGAUAAUUAAUGACAGAACUAACGGUAAAUUCAUUUUUUUGUUUUGCUUAUGAGAGACGGAUCGUGAUUUUAUUUAUUUAUUUAUUUUUUUUAAUAAUAAUAAUAAUUUAAUCCACCUGAUGUAAUUAACUGAAAUGUCAACAGAAUUUUGAUUUUAAAAUAUGUACAACCUGUAACAUUUUAUUCGCUUAUGCUGGUAGAUGAAUUGUGUACGUACGUUUUAUUACAAUCCACAUAAACAAUAAUAUAUAGUAUUUGUCCAAUGUUUUGAGAUUUGAAACGGCAUCAUGUUAUUACAUUUAACAUCCUUCCUCAAUUUUUCCGUUACUUUGCAAACGUAAUGCUAAUUCAGUUCUUCGAUUAUAAGAAGAUUUUGCUAUCAAGCCCGAGUCGAUGCAAGCUUAGAGCUACAGGUGUGGAGCUAUUAAUAUACACUGAAUAUACUACAGAGAAACAAAGAAUUUGUCGAGGAAUUCGAAGCUGGCCAUUAUUAUUAUGGACGUGGCUGUCGCUAGACAGCAGAAAAUGGAACAAGUCUUUGCUACACUAAGUAAAAUGCUUUUCGAGAAUAUUUGUAAAUAUUUAAGCGAAGGGGACUCCAAUUUACCUAUUCAGCACUGAUAUUUCAUGUACCCCUUUGGUACUUAUACAACGUAUCCUACUCUGUAUAAAUACAAAAAUAUCUUUUUACCCGAGACAACGAUGUGAUGCUGCAAUGAGUUAUAAUAAUCGGAUUUCAUUGUGUAUUCGACCUAUGUGAUUUAAUAAAAGAAUGGAAAUAUCUGAGUA